AUGGCCUUGUGCAGCUGCUUCGGCGGCCGGACAAGAGUGCUCGUCUCAAAGCCACAAAACCUCCAACUCGACUGGCCUCAAAUGCGUGAGCACCUGACGGCACAUGAGUUACGCCAGCAGGGCAUAUUUCGCUCUGCAACUGGCGUGGCUGUGCUGUCCGGUUGUGGCCGCGUGUGGUCUGCAUCCACAGAUGAUGCCCUCUGCGAUGUGGAGGGAACCCAGGCAACGGAGCACGUGGAUGUGUUCGUGAGCCAUUCGUGGACGGCAGAUCGAUGGACCAAGCAUCUGGCGAUGUGCUUCUUUCUGAAUUUCGGGCUGGCGGUGAAGGCCACGCUGGCAGCUGUGAUGCUUUCUCAGUGCAUCUUCCACUAUUUCCCCGAGGAGCCCAUCUGCGUGUUCUUACUGGUCUUGGAUUUCCCCAUCUUCGUCUUCUUCCUUGCCUUCUUCUUUGCCCAGCAUCUGACUGGGGGGCGCUGGUGUCCGUCUCUCUGGGUUGACCGACUUUGCAUUGACCAGCAGGACUUGGAAGCGAAACAGCUGGGCAUUGCCGCCGUCCCCAUGAUUGUGGCAAACUCGUCGCAGCUGCUCGUCUUACACAGCGAAACUUACUUUCAACGCUUGUGGUGCAACCUCGAGCUGUCGAUCUUCGCAAAGCAGCAUGGUGUCAAGAAGAUGAAUCUUGUGCCGUUGUGGCUGGCGCCGUGGCUGCUGAGCACCAUGCUGUUGCUGUAUUUGGAGGGGCGUCUGCUGGCAGUCAUGUUGGCCCUGAACCCACAGAUGGGAAUUGCUGCGAGCGAAGCUGGCUUGAACGCUUCCAUGAGUCCUCUUGCCUACGGUUUUCAGCAUAUGCUGAGCAUCCUUGGGGCGGCUCCGUUCUAUGCUGUGCUGUAUCUUCCCCUGGUACCGGUGAGCCUGACGGCGUUUCAAGCAAAGCUUCACAGCCAUGCUACGCUGCUGGGCGACAUGGAGUCCUUCGACAUUCGGGCGGGAAAAUGCUCGGUGGAGCAGGACCGGCAGUCGAUCGAACAACAGGUGGCCGAAGUCUUUGACGACCACGAGGGCACGGGAAAUGACGCCGAGGAAGAGACCACCAGCCUUCUAGUGCCCUCCGGUGAAGCUAAGACUGCGCUGUCUCAAAGUCGCAGCCCGGUUCACGAGCGGCGUCUCGAGGCCUUCAACAUCUUCGUGCGCGGACCACUCCGCGACGCAAUCAUCGAGGAGUGGGGUCUCGAGACACAACUUCCUUGGCACAUUUGCCUGCUUGCAUGGCUGCCCACUUUGCUUUGCCUAGCCGGCGUGUCCUGGUCUUCCCUUGCCUUCUACGACAAGAUGGGCUUCACUUCCCUCGGGCAGUACAUCCUGGUGAGCACCGUAGAGAUUGGCCUCUGUUAUCCCCUUUGCCUUCCAUUGGCCCAUCCUUGUUGCCUACGCUGUUUGAGGAGUGUUUCCUGCUUUUCACAGCCCUGGCUGCGCAACACGGUGUCAUCUCUCGGCUGCAUCGGUGUCUUAGUCUGCGUCGAAGCGGUGGCCGAGAUCUUGACAGGCUCCCUGGAAAGCUUUGCCUUCACCGCGCACUGGGCUUUCCUGGCCAUCUUUCUGCUCACCUUGUCCUUAUCUCUUCUGGUCAGCUUCCACGUCUUCGUGCCAGCUGCGGAAGCACCCUCAAGUCGAGGGGUCCGACGAGGCUAA